AUGGCUUCCUGGACGAUUAUUAAACAACGUCAAGCGAUCCAUCACAUCAUCAAAACACUUUCCCUCAAUGUGAAAUUCGAAAAAGUUAAAGCACAUUCUACCAACGCUCAUAAUGAUAGAGCUGAUGAACUUGCUAAAUCAGGACGAUUCAAAUCCGUGUCAACCAAUAUUAAUACCCGAGGUAUUCCAUCACAAAACGUUUCAUUGAUCUGGAAUGACGAAGUUAACUUAGAUAAAGAUAUCAGAAAAUAUAUGGGUAAAAUUAUUGAUUACCGUUUGAUUGAUAAUCACCUCAAUCAUCACAAUUUGGCAGAUAUUCAAGAAUCCACUAAAAAACAUAUGAUUAAUUGGCCGGUAUCUUCAAAAUUCUUUUCUCUUAAUUCAUGUAACGAUUCCACUUGUGAUCAACAUAGUAAAGAUGUCAGUUGGAAGAUGAAGACUUCAACCAAUACUUUACCAACAUUAGAUGUUCUUAAUCGUAACUUCCCGGAUCUUAUCAAAGAUAACAUUAAUUGUAUGUUAUGUCAUAAUAAUUCAGAAACUAACGACCAUGAUUUAUGGAAAUGUCCUAGUUUAUUACCACACAUUCGUUCUGCUUUUCAGGAACUGGCAAUUUUAGCGCAAGACAUCCUACACAAGGAUGCUGACAAAUUGAAUCUUUGUAUCACAGAUACGAUCAAAUAUUCUAAUGUAUUUUGUUGGUCAUUAAAUGACAUUAGGGCUAUUACCGAUAACGUUACUGCGAUCUUAUGUGCCUGA